UGCUGGCAGUUCUGCUAUUCAGCCGGUGCUCAAGGUGGCCGCAGACAGCGCGGGCGAGGUCCACUCAGUCCUGAGGCUGCCCAGGACCACUGCUUCGGACUAGUGGCAUCCGCGUAGCGAGCUGAAGUUGGUGACACCCGGGUCUGGUGACUGGUGCCCAGUGUCCCAGCUCCACGGGCGGGAAGCUGCCAGGACUGGGGAAGCCCCAAGAGCAGCGAGGCGGCGCCUCCCUUAGCCCAGGGGCCGCGGCGAGGUUCCUGGGGCGCGGCGCCACCGCCCCCUCCUCAAGCCGGGAUCCAAACAGGCGGCCCAGACUCCUCCUCCGCCCUCCCGGCCAGGCAGCCUCACCUGUGGGCAGCGUCGCACCGCCUCCGCGGGUGUAGACGGCACCUGCGCCGCAGUGCUCGCCGGCCUCCGCCCCUCCCUCCCUUCUUCUCUCCUUCCCUCCCGGCGCCAGGCCCGGGCGGCGCACCUGGGCGCGUGGGGGGCUGCGGAGCCGAGGCCUCUGGGACGCGACGUGCUCGCCCUGCCCUGGGAAGACCGCAGGUGGAAGGGGCGCGGUUUCGUAAAUCCCAGCGCGGGCCACUGCAGUGGUCCCGGAGACUUGGCCACCGCCGCACAGGGAAGAGUCGCGGCCGCCGCCAGUCGGGCACCAUGAACAGCAGCAGCGCCAACAUCACCUAUGCCAGUCGCAAGCGGCGGAAGCCGGUGCAGAAAACUGUCAAGCCAAUCCCAGCUGAAGGACUCAAAUCAAAUCCUUCCAAGCGACACAGAGACCGACUUAAUACAGAGUUGGACCGUUUGGCUAGCCUGCUACCCUUCCCACAAGAUGUUAUUAACAAGCUGGACAAACUUUCAGUACUUAGACUCAGUGUCAGUUACCUAAGAGCCAAAAGCUUCUUUGAUGUUGCAUUAAAAUCUCCAACAGACAGAAAUGGAGUCCAGGAUAACUGUAGAACAAACUUGAGAGAAGAUCUGAAUAUGCAAGAAGGAGAAUUAUUAUUACAGGCUUUAAAUGGCUUUGUGUUGGUUGUCACUACAGAUGGUUUAGUCUUUUAUGCUUCUUCUACCAUACAAGAUUACCUAGGAUUUCAGCAGUCUGAUGUCAUACAUCAGAGUGCUUAUGAACUUAUCCAUACUGAAGACCGAGCUGAAUUUCAGCGUCAGCUUCACUGGGCAUUAAACUCCACACAGAGUACAGACUCUGGACAAAGAGUUGAUGAUGCCAAUGAACAGGCAGCAGUCUAUUAUAAUCCAGCCCAGCUUCCUCCAGAACACUCUUCUUUUAUGGAGAGGUGCUUCAUAUGUAGAUUAAGAUGUCUGCUAGAUAAUUCUUCUGGUUUUCUGACAAUGAACUUCCAAGGAAGAUUAAAGUAUCUUCAUGGACAGAACAAAAAGGGGAAAGAUGGAUCAAUGCUUCCACCUCAGCUCGCUUUAUUUGCAAUAGCUACUCCACUUCAGCCACCAUCCAUACUUGAAAUCCGAAUAAAAAAUUUCAUCUUUAGAACCAAACAUAAACUAGACUUUACACCUACUGGUUGUGAUGCCAAAGGAACAGUUAUUUUAGGCUAUACUGAAGCAGAGCUGUGCAUGAAAGGAUCAGGAUAUCAGUUUAUUCAUGCUGCUGAUAUGCUUUAUUGUGCUGAAUACCAUACCCGGAUGAUCAAGACUGGAGAGAGUGGCAUGAUAGUGUUCAGGCUUCUUACCAAAGCAAAGCGAUGGACCUGGGUCCAGUCUAAUGCACGAUUAGUUUAUAAAAACGGAAGACCAGAUUAUAUCAUUGCAACUCAGAGACCUCUAACAGAUGAAGAAGGAACAGAACAUUUACGAAAACGAAAUUUGAAGCUGCCUUUUAUGUUUACCACUGGAGAAGCCGUUUUAUAUGAGUUAACCAGCCCUUUUCCUCCCGUGUUGGAUCCCUUAUCAACAAGAACAGAAAUUGCUGCUAGAGAUUCUGCUACUAAAUCAGCUCUAAACAUGGAAUCUUGCAACCCCAGUUCUCUCUUGGGUGCCAUGAUGCAACAAGAUGAGUCUAUUUAUUUUUAUCCUACUACAAGUAAUGCACCUUUUGAAAGAAAAAUUUUUAACGAAUCUAUGAAUAAUCACAGUGCUUGGCAAGACAAUAUUAUACCAACAAAUACUGAUAAUAUUCUGAAACAUGAACCAAUGGGCCAGUCUCAAGAAGUGAACUCAACACACACUGAAGGUCAUGCUGGACUCUCAGAUAAUAAGAACAGUGACUUGUAUAGCAUUAUGAAGUACUUAGGUAUUGAUUUUGAAGAUAUCAAGCACAUGAAACAGAAUGAAGAAUUUUUUAGAACUGACUUGCCUAGUAGUGAGGAUGACUUCAGAGACAUUGAUGUAGAUGAAAUCCUAACAUAUGUCCAAGAUUCUUUAAAUAAGUCAACCUUUGAAUCCUCUGGUUACCAACAACCACAAUCUGUGGCUCUGAAUUCAAGUUGUAUGGUACAAGAGCAAUUACAGUUAGAACAGCAGCACCAACUACAGCAUCAUCAAAAACAUGUAACAGUAGAACAGCAGCAACAGCUGUGUCAGAAAAUGCAGCAUAUGCAAGUUAAUGCCAUGUUUGCAAAUUGGAACUCUAACCAAUCAGUGCCUUUUGGUUGUCCUCAGCAGGGUAUGCAACAAUAUAAUGUCUUUUCAGACAUGCCUAUGACCCAUCAAGAAUUUCCCUACAAAUCUGAGACUGACACUAUGCCUUUUACACAGAACUUUCUACCUUAUAAUUACACUGUGUUAUCACAUCCAUCUGAGGAAACACAAGUGGACUUUACCAUAGGGAAUUUUGAGCCAUCCCCUUACUCUUGUACUAGUAAUAAUUUGGAAGAUUUUUCUAUGUGUUUGCAAGUUCCUGAAAACCAAAACCAUGAAUUAAAUCCACCAUCAAACAUAGUAAGUCCACAGACAUGUUAUGCUGGAGCUCUGUCAAUGUACCAGUCAGAACCUCAGCACAGCCAUGUAGCUCAGAUGCAGUACAAUCCGACAACACCAGGCCCACAUACAUUUUUAAACAAGUUUCAGAAUGAAGGCGUCCUAAAUGAAACAUAUCCAGCUGAAUUAAGUAAUAUAAGUAACAUUCAGUCCACUACACAUCUUCACCUUCAUCAUCCCUCAGAAACCAGACUUCUGCCUGAUUUGAUAUCUACUGGAUUCCUCUAAUUCCAAGCCCAAUUUUUACCUUGGUUUUGAUGAAUCCUUAGUGAUUGAAAUCAGCAAGCUUCUGUAUAGGCAUUGAUGUUCCAAAUUAAAUUUUAAUGAUUUUUAGGAGUUAGAAAACAUCUAAAGGUCAGAGGUGAUAGCAUAAUGGUUAUGCAAAGAGACUCAUGCCUAAGGCUCCAAAGUCCCAGGUUCAGUACCCCACACCACCAUAAGCCAGAGCUGAUUAGUGCUCCAGUAAAUUGAAAAAAAAAUCUAAACCACAUAUAGUACAGUCAUUAAAAUAGAAAGUGUGCUGCCACAGAAAAAUGAACUUACAUCUACAUUUCACAUUAUUUGAGUACCACAAAAUAUAUAUAAUUUUAUUCAAGUAAUAUUUGACAUUCAAAUAAGAAAUGUUUCUAUUAGAAUUAAAACAAAAUACUUUGAAUUUUGCACUUAAAACUUUGGAUUUGUUGUAUUAAGAGUCUGUAAAAGUAAACUAUGCCCUAGUACUUUUAGCUUCGGCUUUUAUCUUACAAUUAAAUAUAUGGUUUGGUGCUUUUAUGAAAAGGUGUAAUAUAUUCUGAAUGCUUCCUUAUUAAUGUAAGUGCCUCACAAUUUUACCAACUUAUUGCACUGUAGGAUGUAUAUUUUUUUAUAAAGUAUGCUUUUCUUCUUCUGUACAUUAAUAGUAUUCUGUGCGCAAAAUACUAUUUAUAUUUUCAAUUUUAGUGAUUUUUAUCAAUCCAGGCAUGUUUUAACUGCACUACUCACCCAUUUUUCUUCAGGUAAAAGACUAAUAAUGAUUGAAAAUAAUUAUUACAUAACCUUAGGUGCUUCUAGACUUUAAAUGUUUUAUGUGCCUUAUGUUGAAAAAUCCAGCAAGUAAUAUGUCUUUCCAGAUUAUUUCUCAAUUUCUCAAUUAUAUAAAUAUUUUAAAAGUACUAAAAUUCAGUAGUUUUUCAGAAGAUAUAUAUAUCAUUUGCCUUUAUUAAAAUCUCCUUACACCAAUAUAGUUGAAAUUGCAAUGUAAAAAAAAUACUGCUUUAUUUAUAGAUUUUAAGUUAAGUGAAGUAUCCAUUUCAAUAUGUAUGCAUUCUUUAAAAUUUGUUCCAGAUUUAUAAUCCUUUAAGAUAUAGUAUGUUGACUUUAUAAAAUUUCACUUACUCCAGUGGAAAAUAUUUAUUUUUCUCGUAUUUGAGGAGUGUUAUGAUGGAAUAUAACAAUUUUUGGUGCAAGUAUUAUAAGUUGUGGUGCAUUUUAUAGUUUAUAGUGAACAGACUAUUUGUAAAAAUAUUUUUAAAAAAUAGUUCAUACCAAUACAUGUGCAUAAAAAUUUAGGCUUGGCAUAGUAUGUCAUUGUGUCUUUUUUAAGAUACCAAAUAAUGAAUUCCUCUUUGCUUAAUAUGGAAUUAAGAGAACUCAGUGGUUGUUUUUUUCUAUCAGUGGCGGCAAAUGAUUCUUCUAAUCUUAUGGUAAUUUAAAAAUGUUUAACCAGAUGAUUUAAAAGAAGAGUUAUUAUUUUAGACUAAUUCAACAUCUGAAAGCAUAGAAGUGUUUUUCAUGUAAUGUAUAAAUACAUGAUGAAAUCCCAAACAAAAUGUAAUAUUAAGGUAAAUUUCAUUUCUUUUGUAAAUACCUAUACAUAUGACUACAGACAAAAUAUCGUUCAGCUCUGUGCAUUUCUAGUCAAAACUUUGACUGUUGAAUCUCAAUUUAAGAGUUAAAGAAGCAAAUUUAUCUGAAACAUUUCAUAAGUCACUAGAUUGAGACAGAUCAAUGAAUGACCCACUUUUACGCCUUUUAUUAAAGUCCUAAUGUCAAAUAUUUUUGGCCUAGCUUACAUAGCAUUGGAAUAAUUGUAUAGGCUUUUAAAUUUUUGAAUAUGACCAAUAUAUAAUUGAGAUUUUAAAGCAAUAAGGUAUGUUUUUAUCUAUAUAAAAUUUAAGAAUAAUAAGAUUACAUUAAAAUAAGAACACCUUUGUCUUGCCAAACAAGAAUGCUUUAUGUUCAGUUAUUUUAAAAAAUGCCCACUUCUGUGGAUGAGGAAAUGGUCUAAUUUGAAAUUUUCAUAUACCAGGCUGUACAUAAGAAUAUCAGAAGAUUUACUAGUGUUGUAAUAUAUUACAAAUCAUUCAGUCAUUUUAUGCACAGCUAGUAUUUUCAUUAUUACUAUACUUUAAGUAAAUGUUUUCAAGACUUUUCUCUUUCCUUCAAUGUAUUACUGCUUACAUAUGCCAUGCAUACAUUUUUGUUUAAAAAUGUCAUAGUAUCCUAACAAUCAAAAUUGUAUAUGAUAAUAUAUGUUAAUAAAAUAAUCAAUAUGAGUA